GUCGCGAAACUGUAGAUACGCGAGCGAGAGUAGCGGGAAUUUAGCAAUCGGCCGGCAGCCGCUGGCUUAGCUUGGUCUGCUGGUUAUCGGCGUUGCGACGUGGACCAAUAUUCAGAGCUUCGGCUUUUAUGUUUUCAUUAGGCAGUGACAAUGUGUGGCUGCACCAGGAUUCUCCGAGCAUGCAAGCCGCUUCCACCAUCAUGGCACCUGCGGCUCUACAGCUCCUCUUCCACUCCUCCGACUGUUCCUGGAGUACCAUACAAGAAACUCACUGUUGGCAUACCUAAAGAAAUUUGGAAUGAGGAAAGAAGGGUGGCCGUAGUACCAGCAGUAGUUAGCAAAUUAGUAAAAAAAGGUUUUAGUGUUAAUGUCGAAGACAAUGCUGGAUUUUCGGCCAACUUCAACAACAAGUUGUAUGAGGAGGCUGGUGCCAAAAUUACCUCUACUAAGGAUACAUUCCAACAAUCUGAUAUCGUUCUAAAAGUCCGUCCACUUUUAGACAAUGAACUUCCAAAUGUAAGGGAUGAAAGUACUUUAAUCUCAUUUUUAUAUCCUGCACAAAACCAAGAUUUAAUCAAGAAACUUGCUGGCAAGAAGAUUAAUGCGUUUGCGAUGGACUGCGUGCCGCGCAUCAGCCGCGCGCAGGCGUUCGACGCGCUGAGCUCCAUGGCCAACGUGGCCGGCUAUCGCGCCGUCAUCGAGGCCGCCGCCAACUUUCCUAGAUUUUUCUCUGGUCAGAUGACAGCGGCGGGGCGGGUGCCGCCGUGCCGCGUGCUGGUGGUGGGCGGCGGCGUGGCGGGGCUGGCCGCGGCGGCGCAGGCGCGCUGCAUGGGCGCUGCCGUGCGCGCCUUCGACACGCGCCCCGCCGUGCGCGAGCAGAUUGAGAGUCUCGGCGCGCAGUUCAUCACUAUGGACGUUAAGGAGGAUGGGUCAGGAGAAGGCGGCUACGCCAAGGAGAUGAGCGAGGAGUUCCUUAACGCCGAGAGAGCCCUCUUAGGAAAGGAAGCGAGAACUUCUGAUGUCGUCAUUACUACAGCUCUUAUCCCCGGCAAGCCCGCGCCUCUACUUAUUUUGGAGGACGCCGUCCGCGACAUGGCAGCGGGCAGCGUGAUCGUGGACCUGGCCGCGGAGAUGGGGGGCAACGUGCAGACCACCAAGAAGGGCGCCGUGACCAAGGUGCACGGCGUCACGCACAUCGGCCUCACCGACAUGCCCAGCCGGAUGCCGGCGCAUGCCUCCACGCUCUACGCUAACAAUAUCUCUGGACUACUCCUUAGCAUGGGUUUGUACUUUUUACGUUUCUGUUCAGGGCUGGCUUCACUAAUUGGCUUGGGCAUGGCAUCGCCCAACCCUGCAUUUACUACUAUGACCACGACGCUCGCUCUAUCAGGCGUGGUGGGGUACCACACGGUGUGGGGCGUGGUGCCCGCGCUGCACUCGCCGCUCAUGUCCGUCACCAACGCCGUGUCGGGCAUCACGGCCGUGGGCGGGCUGCUGCUGAUGGGCGGCGGCUACGUCCCCGAGACGCCGGUGCAGUGGUUAGCGAGCACGGCCGCUCUCAUCUCGUUUGUAAACGUGUUUGGUGGAUUCUUGGUCACCCAGCGCAUGCUUGACAUGUUUAAAAGACCCGGUGAUCCCCCAGAAUAUGGAUACCUAUACUCCAUUCCAGCUGCUGCUUUACUUGGAGGUUACCUAGUCACAGCCAUGCAGGGCUACCCCGAAGUUCACCAGAUGGCGUACUUGGCGUCCUCGCUGUGCUGCGUGGGCGCGCUGGCGGGGCUCAGCUCACAGACCACGGCGCGCAAGGGCAACUAUCUCGGAAUGAUUGGUGUCGCGGGCGGCAUUGCAGCGACAUUAGGCGCUCUGACGCCUAGUGCCGAAGUGCUGGCGCAAAUGUUAGGAGUCGCGGGCAUCGGCGGACUGCUAGGAAGCACAAUCGCCAAGAAAAUCGAGAUUACAGACUUGCCACAACUCGUUGCUGGUUUCCACAGCUUGGUGGGCAUGGCCGCGGUACUGACGUGCCUCGCGACGUACAUGCACGACUUCCCGGCCAUGGCGCUGGACCCGACCGCCGCCACGCUCAAGACCUCGCUCUUCCUCGGAACCUACAUCGGUGGAAUUACUUUCACCGGUUCUCUAGUAGCGUACGGCAAGCUGCAGGGGUCUCUGUCGUCGGCGCCGCUGCUGCUGCCGGGGCGGCACGCGAUCAACGCGGGGCUGCUGGCGGGCUCGCUGGGCUGCGGCGGCGCGCUGCUCGCGCUGCCCGACGCGCCCGGCCUGCCGCUGCUCUCCGCCGCCGCCGUGCUCAGCGGCAUCCAAGGGCUCACGCUCACGGCUGCUAUCGGAGGAGCCGACAUGCCGGUGGUGAUCACCGUGCUGAACAGCUACUCGGGCUGGGCGCUGUGCGCGGAGGGCUUCAUGCUCAACAACUCGCUCAUGACCAUCGUGGGCGCGCUCAUCGGCAGCUCCGGCGCUAUCCUCUCCUACAUCAUGUGCAAGGCGAUGAACCGCUCGCUGCCGAACGUGAUCCUGGGCGGGUACGGCGUGACGAGCAGCGGGUCGGCGCGGCCGGCCGGCGCCGCGCACUCCGAGCUCAACGUCGACUCCGUCGCAGACCUCAUCGCUCGCGCCUCCAACAUCAUCAUCACACCCGGUUACGGUCUGUGCGUUGCCAAAGCACAGUACCCAAUCGCGGAGUUGGUGGACAUGCUUAAGAAGCAAGGCAAGAGAGUCCGCUUCGCGAUCCACCCUGUUGCAGGUCGCAUGCCGGGCCAGCUGAACGUGCUGCUGGCGGAGGCCGGCGUGCCCUACGAUGACGUGCUGGAGAUGGAUGAGAUCAACGAAGACUUCCCCGACACGGACCUGGUGCUGGUUAUCGGUGCCAACGAUACUGUGAAUAGCGCUGCCGAGACUGACCCCAACUCUCCCAUCGCUGGAAUGCCUGUACUGAAAGUAUGGAAAUCGCAACAGGUGGUAGUCAUGAAACGAUCCAUGGGAGUCGGAUAUGCGGCGGUGGACAACCCAAUCUUCUACAAUCCGAACACGGCCAUGUUGCUGGGAGAUGCCAAGAAGACCUGUGACGCCCUCCUGGAGAGGGUCAAACACCUCACUGCUUGAGCUAUAUACAUUACAUCGAAAGUAGAUAAUUACUAUGACUACACCUUAGUAAUUUGUUAUGAGAUCUUCACUACUUAACGAAUAAGGCUGCGAUUACUGUGGGACUGAUUUUAGAUUAAUUAAACUUAUGUUUUUGUUGUUAUUGAAAAUGGGGGUCGUUAGAAGCUCACUAUGCCAUGAAAUAUUGUUAACAUAUUCCAAUUGAUUCAACGUCAGUAUAACAAUAAUUCCAUCAUUCAAUAUGUGUAAUGUCAUAUCAUAAGUGAUAUCGUAUAUGUCUAGUCUAUUUUAUUAUUAAUUGGCUGCCGUAAAAAAUAUAUACUUAAUCACUGUAUCAUAAUUGUCAUCGGUAUUUAAAUAAUAAAAAAAUGGUAAUAAAUAUAAUAAUAUGAUAGGGAACAAGUCAAUUUCUGUUUUCUACAAUAUUGUUCUGUAUCUGUAUCAUAUCAUAAAUACAUAAUGGAGUUUAUAUAUUUUUUAUGAUCAUGGAUGAAUUUAUUAGCAUAAUUUUGUGUGGAAGGUUUUUAUCAAUUAUAUUGUUACCAGUACAUCCUCCCUUCACAUUCCAUUAUAUACUAUGUAUUACUAUUUUACUUGGAAACAGGAAGCGUAUUAUGCAUUUUUUUACCUAGUCGUCGAUAAAGCAAUUGUCACUUGUCAGAAAGAGACGCACGCUUUUCCUAUCGCAAUAAAGUGGGCUAAUGUAGAUCCGCAAAUAAAUAAUGCGUGCAUUUCAUAUGGAUAGUUAUAUGUAUAGUUUUAAGUGAAUUUUUUUGCAACUUUUAUUAUAUUUUUACCCUAAGUGCCAUUAUUACUCAGAUGUACUUACUUCUACCCGCGACAUUUUUCUUUGCGGUAUUAGCGCGUAAAAUGUAUGACUUCAUCAUUUUCAUUUGUGAUGAAAGUGGAGGAGAAGCAUAGCAUGGAGUGAUACCAGCAUACUUAAUUUAGAAAAUAUCUGACUGUAUCACGCAACCGUUGAUUGAUAGAUUAAUAUGCAUAAUUAUGAACUUAGUUUUGGAGUAAUUUAAAGUUUAAGAAGUAAUGCUCUACAAAUUGAUGCAUCACACUAUUACUGGGCAUAGCUGGUGUUAACAACAGCCAAUAAUAGAACUCAUCAAUGGAAAAGAUAACUCAAGCUAGAUGCUAGUACUUACUUAAGAACCUCAUGAAUUCUAUACCUAAUGCUCUUAUUCUGACAUUUUUUAAAGCAAAUAAUAAACAAUUUAAAUAUU